CCACGUCUUCUUCUUCUUACUCCGCGAACCGGUGGCUGUCGCCCGACGAUCUCCAGACCGCCUCGUCGGCGGUAGAGCUGCGGCCCCGUUGCGAGACGCCCGAGCCUCUCUGUCCGCCGCCGUGCGCCGCCAAUAACACCACCAAAUCCACUCCACAGUGCCUUUAUUAUUUGAAAGAAUCGCACAAAGAGGAGGUGUGCGGCCAGCGUGACGACUUGACACCGCAGCGCAGGCGUAACCUGCUGCACGGUCUUCGGAUGCGGCAUUGCUGCGAGCACGCGGUCGACUCGGCUCUUCCACCGGCCGUCUUCCAAGGCGGCACCACCUGCCGCAAGCAUCUCCAGGCCCUCAUCGACCUCGACUACCUAGUCAGGAAGGUCGCAUGCGGCAUACACGAUCUGCUCACCCACUACGACUGCGAACAGUCCUACUCGAUCGUCCACACCUGCCAAAACUGCGAGAACGCAUACCGGCGUUGGGUGUGCAGUUCUCUGGUGCCUCAUUAUUCGUUAGAGGGGGAGCGAGUGCGCCCCUGCCUGUCAGUUUGUCACGACGUCGAGCAACAGUGCCCGUAUCUGCUGCCGCAAGACUGGACCAACACCACCCUGCACACGCAGACCGGCGAGACGACGUCGCACGGUCCGACGCCUCAGUACGCCGGAGAGCCCACCUUCCUUUGCCUCGAUCCGAACAUUCCGGAGCAAAGCUACAACUCGUCGAACGGCGACGAGGACUGCUGCUACACGCAUUGCGGUUCGUCGGGCAGGGGGGCCACCGCAGCAACGAUAAAAGCGUCGGCGACGUUGCCGAGAGACUCCACCAGGACAGCGUCGCAGAUCCUCGGCCUGUGCGAGCACUGUCCCGGCCGACCCGGCGGCGGCGGGAAGAAAGAAGGAGGCGACUUGGCGUCGUCCGCGACCAGGACGCGACCGCCACGGACCGUUAUCAAAGUGUUUCUGCUAUGGACCGCGUGGACCUUGAGCCAAAACACGCCACUGACUGUUUUUAACAUUUUCAAAUGUUUGUUAGUUCUGUGCGCGAUUAAUGUCAGGACCACAGUCGCGAUAUUGUGGACAAAGACCAUUUGGAUACGGUCGUGCUCGUAGAAAUAGGCGAUAUGUGUUCUUACCAAAGCCUCGAUACGGUCUGUCUGCUGUAACGCAUGUUGCUCAACAACCCAACUCUCAUUCACAUCGCCUAUAA